AGGCACCUCUCUGAAUGCAACACGAGUGAGCCAUGCAAAGCCUUGAGAAUCGAGGAGUCACCUUUGGCGUGCACGACUUCAAUCCGUCGAGAGGGAGGGAGGACUACCAUCGCCUGAAGAUCUCGAGCGCUGGAGACACGCGCACCCGGCUCUUUGGGGUCGAUGCUCGGGAAGGAACCUUCAACGCGACCACGCGCGCUGCGAGCUACGGCAGUCGUGGUCAUGAUCCAAAAGGAGAGUACGUGCUGCCGAAGCGGGGGACUCUGGAGCUCCUGACGGCGGAGGCCACGUGGCCGCAGAGCGUCACCGGGGGCUGCGUCAUCCCCUUCCAGGGCCACGCCAGGUCUCAGAGUUUGCAUCCAACUGACCGCACCCGCCGAGCGGGGUCGCUGGGUCGAAACAUUGUUGGUAACUGCACGGUGAAGGAUGAGCGAUUCUUCUAUUUUGGCGCCCACGGUUCUCACUACGGCAACAACAGUGGAUGCCGCUCCACGAUGCAGUACAAACAAGAGAGGCCGUGAGACCCCCGCUGUGUCACCGAACCGCUGAAAGCCCAGAACCGCCGCACGAACAGUGUGCGCAAGCGAAGCUGAGACCUCCC